AUGUUUCUCAUGAACUAUACUAGACCUGAUAUUGCCUAUUCUGUAAGUAGAUUGAGCAGGUACACUCAUAACCCAAGCAAUGAGCAUUGGGGUGCUUUGAGGAGGUUUCUUAGGUACAUAAGGGGUACCAUGGAUUGGGGAUUGCACUACUCCAAGUUUCCAGGAGCAUUGGAGGGAUUUUGUGAUGCCAACUGGGUAUCCGGAAAUGAUGAAGUCAACUCCACUAGUGGUUAUGUCUUCACCCUAGUGGGUGGAGCCAUUUUCGGAAAUCCUGUUAUGGAUGUAUGCCAGUAUAAUGCAUCACUUUUAUUGGCGGAGAUUCAGAAUAUUAUACAAAGUUCAAUUGUGUGCUUUGAGUAA